AUGCCUACAGACCAAGUUUAUCGAAAAUCAGGAAGUCCACAAGCUUCUACCGAGGUUUCUUCUUUGCAACUAAAUCGGACUAAAAACAAAGAAGCACUUGAGAAAAGCCUUAAGUGCAGACGUUCUGUAAAGGAGUUAGUCAAUCAAGGGAUAUUACUAAAUCCUUCUAUUUCACACCCUGAUAAGGUUCGCCAAUUACAAAAAGCUAAGACUAGUGAUUUAUUGAAACGUAAAAUUGGACAACGGCCGGACAGACAGUAUCUUAUCAGCCAUCAUAUCUUAAGGGACGAUAAGCCGAGGACUUCACCUUUCGUCCUUGAGCAAUGUUACAAUUUAGAAAAGUCUCAGCUAAAGGAGACAUUAGCCGCGAAGCUUAUUUCCAGACCUGGUUCAUUGGAGUUAGUCGAGAAAGGAGUUCUGCAGGUUGAUCCCGGUGUUGAUUCACUCAUCAAACAAGGUUCUAUCCAAUAUCCUAGGGUCGAGUCCGUUUCAUUGGAAAGGAUUUCAUGUGAACGACUACAACCUAUUCAAGAAUUGAUCACUAUCCCACCACCUCCGCCACUUUCAUCAACUACAAAGGCACACUGUACAAAUUCCGGCCGUGUUGUUUCUGGAAGAAGUCGUUUAAUUAAUUCGAAUAAAACAUCCACAAGUCGGGCAAUUCGAGACGACACUGUUGUUUCAAAAUUAGGUUCAUUGGUUUUUCAUCAGUAUUGUCCAGACUCAUCGAGUUCAUCUUCUCCAAGCCUAGCUAAUGUCUCAUCCUUUCAACAAAAACAACGAGUUCGGGAAUUACAACAGGUUGAAAUGUUACGUCUCCAAGAUACCGCACGUGCUCAUCGUCUAGUCGAACAAGAAUUGUGUGAGCGCGUAAGUACAUGUAAAAAGCCCCUACAUGAAGACACAUCCUUCAUGGAUCUGACUCCUAACACAUUUAAUAAUCAAAUGAAUAGUCAACUAGCAUUAUCCUGCACUUCCAGUUCAAUGUCGUUGCAAGUCUCUCCAAACCCUUCAAACUCAAUAGUUUGUUCUAAGAAUCAGAUUGGUUUAAGUAACCAACGGACUGGUUCUUCAAAGACGUUACCGUUGGAAUCUAAUUUUAACUUACCCAGUCUUGCUCAUCUUACUCUCACUCAACUUAAAGGGGAAUGCAAGGACAGAAAUUUACCUCGUGCUGGUUCUAAAAUGCAAUUAAUGCGCCUGUUAAAUCCAUAUCGCCGUGAAAUAUUGGUAAAAUAUUUUCCUAAUUCUGUAAUGAAACAAAGUGAAGAAAUCGAAUUGGGGAUAAAUGGACCUCUUCAGUUUUAUCAUAAUGCAAAUCAAACACAGUCUUUCGUAAAACGUCAGGACCAACAUCAAAAACUUUUGGUGAAUUCUGAGCAACCUAUGAUGGAUAUGGAUGUCAACUUAAAAGAUUUUGACUCAUCACUACUAUCCCAAACUAAACCUGUGAAUUUAUGCACUACAGUAUUUUCUUCAGGAUCUACAAUGCCAAAAGAUCUACAAGUAUACUCUGAUGUUGUUAUGAGACCAGACGGUUCCAAUGUGUUAUUUGCUCAACCUUGUGUCUCAUUAAGGCAUUCUGUUUCAGCACCAUUCUUUGCGGAAGUUUCGUCUAACUCGUCCUCAGGACACACAAAUCAUUUUCAAAUUCCUUCUACACAAGGUAAUAUAUCUUCGACAACUCUAAUACCGGUUACUUUCGUUAAUGAUAAUACAAUGAGUGAAACAGACCAAAUUUCACAAAUUCCUGUCUCAACAUAUGAAUUACAGUUUGUUCAACCUACAUCGAAACAAUCAUUUGUAUGCAUGACUCCAAAUGUUCUUUCAGACAAUCAAACAUCAUCCAAUGGAAAUCUUUUACAUCAUCAUCCAUUAACUAGUAUUCCGUCAUCGGAAUCUGGUUAUAUUAUCACUUCAAAUCAACGUCUCCCAUUACCCUUAUCUAUAGAUAAUAGCGUAUCAUCACCAUACAGUGAAUCACAGACGAUGCAUCAUACUUCUGUAAAUAACUCACUUGACAAUCAAUCAUUUUCCGUAUACUCACCAGUAGCAACAUCAAAUCCUACUGGUAGUGAAGGUGGCGGCGGUGGUUGUACUGGUUUUUCAACACCAUCGACAACACUUCAUCAAAUUGAAGAGAUGUGGUUAAGGAUUCGUCAAUUAAGACGUAAUAUUGAACAGACGAAAAUUUCACAAUAUAGUUUAAAUGAGUCUGAAACUUUGUCAGCUCCAGCAAAUUUAGAAUAUUUACAACAAGAACACAAUCGUCUAGCAGUACUUUGUCGUCUGCUCAUUAUUGAACGUUUAGAUACGUUGGAUGAAAUAAGUGCAAAUGGUACUAGAUUUUUUGAAUCAAACGAUUCGUCCAGUUCUGAUUUCAAAAUUGAACGAAAUUUAUUAAAUUCUUAUUUAAGACGACUUGGUGGUUCAAUUUUAACAAAUAGUUUAUCUUCACCCAAUACAGAAUCAAUCUUGUCAACUAAUUCUAGUUCGUUUUUAUUUGAGCAAUCGAGUUGUGGUCAUACAACGAAUUAUACUACGUGUAAUACAUUACAAACACCGGAAAAAAUGUUUUCUGAUUCUUAUCCUAUGACACCUGAGUCAAGAUUUAAUGAUCACGGAAGUGUUGAGUUUACGGACAUUACUACUACUAAUAGUAAUAAUAAUAGUAGUAGUCAUGAAUUAUUUAAUCAUGAACACCAAUUAACAUUAAACAAUGAUGAUAUAUUGAAUCAUCACUGUGAUGAAGAUGAUGAUGAACAGAUUUGUUCUGACUUGCAAAAUUCACCUGUUUCUGGUCAUUUGAAAUCUUGUGCAUAUGAUAAUCCACUGGAACAACUCCCAUCACCAAUGACUACAGAUAUACUUUUUGAAUUAUGGAAUAGUGUUGUGGAAGAUACUUCUGGGCAAUCAAUGCUAACUACUAAUACCGUCACCACUACUGGUUCUACUAAUGUUGAUUCGUCUAACGCACCUAUGUACAAUAAUAACCACCAUGAUAUAUCCAUUACAAAUCCAAAUGAUUUAUCAAAUUUUUACUCAGUUCAAAGUAAUAAUAAUACAAUGAAUUUUACAGAUGCAUCAUAUUAUACAGUUAGAAAUACAACCGAUAACUAUAAAAGUAGUGGGAAUAACACUACUUCAUUGUCUUGUUCUUUUAUUUCUUCCUCUCCCGUUAUUACGUCCACAACUACUACUACUACCACCACUUCUACUGCUAAUACUACUCCAUCUCCUAUUCUCGCUUCUCCUCCUGCUGCCUUGAUGAGAUCAAUAGCUUGUAGUACUGUUUCUCCGACUACUACUGUUCAAUCGAAUAUCAAUUAUCCAUCAAUGGACAGAGAUCAAUUGCCCGUUCAGUUAUCGGAUAGUUUAGGAAGAAUACCUGUUAUUAACCAUCGUUCAUCGCCAUCUAAUUUACAAUCUAAUAAUUUUCUACAUUAUCCAACUUUUAAUUCUCAAACAUUUAUCCCGUCAUCCAAUUCAUUAACUCCCACUACUGCUUCUACUAUUAUGUUCAGUAAUCAUGGAAAUGAAAUGAAUCCUCAAUUCCAUCCGUUAUUAUGGUCUAAUUUAUCUCAUGCAGCAGAUAGAAUUUUAUCUGUCAAGAAAGGUAGUUCAUCAAAUGUGUUCAGUACUACUACUGAUCAUAUUAAUACUAAUGAUAAACGUGUCGGAUUUCUACAUUGUACUGAUAAAUCAUCAUCUCACUUAUGUUCAAUGAUAAAUUUCGGGUCGACUUCACAAAAUCAUAUACGACAACCAACUACAGAAUUUCUAACGGAUAUUUUAUUGACAUCGUCGUCAUCAUCAUCGUCAUUCAAUAAUAAUCCCAGCUUAAGUGUUGGUGAAUUAAUGGAUACAACAACAACAACAACCAAUACAGAUUUUUCAUCGAUUUUAUCAUUUCCUGUUUCAUUAAAUUUAAACUGGUCAAUAGGUACUUAA